AUGGCAUCCCCGAGCGUAGUGGAGGCGCGGUCGCGGUGCGGUGAGCGCGCCUGGGCGGGGCCAGGGGCCGAGGGGAGCACGGCCAUGGGGGGCGGCAACCAGGAGCUGGGGCGCGGCGGUGCGACAGUCUACGGCGACGAAAUCGAAGGGGGGAAGGGGAACCGGGACGACGGUGGUCGCGGGGACGAUGCGGUGACGGCUCUGCUUCUGCUUCAGCUCUGCUUCCCCGAGGAAGAAGAGGUGGAGGGGGUGGAGGGGAGGAUCGUGCGGCCGGGCGGGGCAGCCGGGCGAGGGCCUCACCUCGAAUGGGACGGAGAUGGUGGGGGCGGAAGGGCUCGUCGCCGCCGGGGCGAGGGUCGGAGCGGGGGAGGCGGCGGGGGCGAGGGGGCGGCGGUGGCGCAGUACGGGUCGGGGCAGUGGGCGGGUCGGGGCAGUUGUGGGCGGGGGCGGCGGCGCGUGGCGCAGUGGGGGCGGCGGCAGCCGCGGCGGCGCACGGAUCGGGAUGGGAAGGGGAUCACUAGCGGCUUGAGGCAGGACGGCGAAGAGGCCGGUGACGAGGACAAUGACGAGGCCGGCGACGAUGACGGCGACGAGGACGUCGGGCUCGUGGGGGAGGGGUUACGCGCGCGGCGAGGGCUCGGGGAGGAGCCGCUCGGGGGCGGCGACGGCGACGCCGAGGUCGACGUCGACGGCGGGUCAGGGGCGGGGCGACGGCGUCGGGGCAGGGGCUCGGGGCGGUGA